UGGCUGCAGCCCUUAUGGCGACAUUUAGUCACUUGAGUUUCCUUGUAUUAAUGCUCUCUAUAUUUUCUGAUGGAUAUCGCAUGAAGUAUACCUCGGGAGUGUCAACUACGAGGCAACGGGCAGAUAACUACAUCAGGACACUAUAUGUGCUCCAUAAGGAAGACAGUGAUUUGCUUGGCACCAUCGGUACCAGUGAUACACCUCACAGCCCUGAUGACAUUAAGUCGAGUGACGUAGUUAGUACCUCAGAACCAUCACAGAGCACUGAUGUGAACGACCCCUCCCCGGAUGAACCGAUUGACCCCUUGGUGGUCCCCAAUAAGUACUACCAGCGCAGCAAGUAUUCCAAAGUCGGUUUCAAAGAAGGAUUGAAACGGAAACUAGAAACUGAUGAGGAACGUAUGGCGAGGACCUUUAACAUAUUCGCACCCAUGCCCAAGGAGGCCAUGAUCAAUCCCGAUCGCAAGGAUGCCCCGGACAUAUCCCUGAUUGCGGACAUAAACAAAAACAUUAAACAUAUGACGAAACUAGAGAAACAGAAACUUGAGGAAUCCCGGAAAAAGAAGGAAACAGUGAAAACAGUGCCUCCUAUGCCACUCAAGGUGGCUACUACAUCGAGAUGCCCCAAUGCAAUAUUGAUAGACAAAAGCACUAUCUUUUCUACUCCACUAGAUGAAUAUAUAGUAGUCGGUAAAAUACUGUCACCGCAUGGGCUAAAAGGCCACGUCAAGGUAAUGUCGUUAUCAAGCUGCCCUGAUAUACAUUUAUGCCAACCGGGGUAUAAAUUCCUAAAGAUCCCCUACAGGAAUGAACGGGUAAUGCCAAUAAAGAUAGAGUAUGGUAGGCUAUAUGAUGGUAUUAAAAUGUACCGCCUCAAACUAGAGGGCGUUGACACCAGGGACCAGGCAAUAAGACUCAAUGGAGCCUAUUUAUCAGUUUCCAUCAGGGAUGUCCCACCACUCCAAGAAGACUGUUAUUACUCACGCGACCUUUUGGAUAUGGAUCUCUACCUCUUUAAUGACAAUACCAAGACGAGACUAGGCAAAGUCAUUGACUUCUGUCACCGUGAAGACUUGGUCAGUAGCCCCAAAUACGCUAAUAUAACCGAGGACCUUCUUGAGGUAGAGAUGGACCUUAAACUUUCUAUAAGAACCAUGCUAUCCUUGACUAGACAAUGCCACGAGCUGGCCAAACAGCAGGUAGACAAACCUACUCCCAAAGGGGUAUCCAUAGUGACUGACCACGACCUAGAGACGGCUGAUAACAUUAUUGACGCCGAGGAGGAGCUCGUGAACUCAUGCAUGACAGGUGUGCAGUAUGUGAAGUACUAUACCUGUAGUAUCUGUAACAAGGAGUUCACCAAUCAUGACGCCGCUCUGGAACACGAUAGAGCCCAUGAAGCCAAUGCGAUAUUGCCGGGGAAUACCGUAGAGAGCACCCAUACAGACUUAAUACACCCCCUGGAUGAAAAAUAUGAAAAACGCAUGAAGAAACCUAUAAGGAGGUUCUAUAUACCGCUGAUUAAGGAUGAAACAGUUAAAUUCGUUGAUGUCCCUAACAAGAGCAUCUAUGUGGAUGUAUAUACAAUAUUCAUCGGUGAUGAAAAUGUGCCUAUAUCUAACCGUCCCAAGUAAAAUGGUCAAA